CGGGGAAGACUGCUCCAAACAACAAUCGAGGAUCUGUCAGAUUUGCAGGCACCUUUGUGGAAAUUCUCGUCUGAUCACCGCUGCCGCUUAAUCAACGUUAUCUGAUAUACCCGUGUGAUCAUCGCCGCAGUUGACAAUGCUCGUCACGGUAGCCACUGCUCUUUUGGCCCUAAGCGGCAGUCUGGUCAGCGCCCACGGUUCGCACUCGAACGACCAGCCACCCUCGUCCGACUGGGCAACACGGCAUAUGCAGGAGGAACAUCACAUCGACGCCUUCGAUCCCGCCUCCUUCUUCGCCCUCCACGACUACGAUGCCUCGGGAGUAUGGACCCCUGAGGAAGUGCGCAAGACAUACGGCAUGGACGACGAGACCAAUGCGGGCUUAACGGAGGACCGCAAAUCGCAAGGACUCCGCGAAGUCUUCGGCCUCUUCGAUCCCACCAACACGGGAGUUAUCAGUCGCGACAGCUGGAUGCGUCUGGUUGCGGAGGGAGCUCGGCUCCCCGAUCUCGGGUUCGGACCUGGCCACCACGGCGACAUCGAAUAUGAGUAUGAGAUCCACCACUUUGAGAAGUUCCACGGCGAGGACGCAAAGGAGGAGGACCUCACCCACCCCGAAGAUAUCGAGCACUUCCGAAGACAUGACGAGGAGGACCUCGCCAUGGAGCGCCUCGAACAGCUCGAGAGCAUGCAGAUCGUGGAGGCGAACAUACCGCAGAAGUUUCUCAAACGGAGCUAGAGAUGUGUAAACUAGAAUCCUUACGCCGUUGGCCCUGUACUGUACAUAUGAUUCAUGAUAUGAGUUUGAGCGUCGGUUACGCUGCCUGAAGAUUGAAGUUCGAGAAGCAUUGGUGUGAUGUGCCAACGUUGGGUCAAUCUCAAGAAGGGUUUGAGGCUGUCAUCUCACCUCUCGACGCCAAUCGCACAUCAAACACGCAAUGCAUCACACCCGGCGCAU